GCAACUUCAAAUCAUUUUGAGCGACGACCGCCAUGCGCCUCACUGCGACGCUCCUGAGCCUCGGCGCUGCAGUUCACGCCGUCAAGGUCUCGUCCGGCUGGCUGCCGUGCCCGCUUCGUACUGGCGCGUCGCUAACUCCCGACACCAACUACCACGUCGGCAACACGCGCUGCGCGACGCUCGAUGUGCCUCUGUGCUACGACGGCGUCUGCACAAGCGACAAGACCAUCUCGGUGUUUGUCAAGCACUACAAGGCGACCAAGCCGCCGGCGCAUGGCUCGGCCCGCCAAGCACUCUGGUUUCUCCAGGGCGGCCCUGGCGCGUCCUCCAUCGUGAUGGAAUCGUACGAGGCCUUCGCCGCCUUGUACUUCAACGGCACGGUGGACGUCUACACGAUGGACCAUCGCGGCACGGGCAAGAGCACGUACCUUGAGUGCGCCACCACCGAGGCCGCCGCCGUCGGUAGCCCCGGUGGUCAGACGAUUGAUCCGUCCGAGAUGGCCGCUUGCAUCGAGAACGUACGUCAGAUCUACGGCAAUGACACGGCCGCAGGCUGGUCGUCGACGAGCGCCGCCAAGGACGUCGCCAGUGCCAUUGAAGUACUCACGCCUGACGCCGAGACGUACGUUUACGGUGUGAGCUACGGCACGCUCUGGGUGCGCCGCUUGAUGCAACUCUCGCCGCCGACCGUCAAGGGCUACAUAUUGGACGGCAUUGCAGGUCCCUUCUCAUCGUGGAACCGGGAUACGCUGACUGCAGUCGAUCGCUUUUGGGAGCUGUGCGGUCAGGACAAGGUGUGCGCUAGCAAGCUUGGAAGUAACCCCAAGGCGACUGUCGAAGCGCUCUACGCAGCGCUCGACGACGGGACAAACUCUUGCGCUGAGCUCUUUGGGGCGUCGCCGACCCCGCCGUCGUGGACCGUACGUCAGCUGCUCCGGGCGCUUUUGCAAGCCGGCGUCGGCCAGCAAGAACUGAUUCCGGCGCUCGUUUACCGCUUCCAGCGGUGCUCUUCGCACGACGUUCAGUGGUUUGCGGUCAUGCUGGGUGGCGGCGAGGGUGCCGGCCCGAUUCCUGCAGAGAGCGCCAACAUGGUCGACCACGACGAGUCGGAGCUCUUGCACGACCUCGUGUCCAGCGCCGAGCUCUGGGAGACGCCGAGUCGCUCGGAGCUCCAAGCCGAGUUCCUCCACAGCACGAUGGCGUUCGACCUUUCGCUGAUGGAAGACAAGUACUGCGUCAUCACGGGCGCCACCGACCCUGCGUGUACCCAUGUUGCGCGGCCCAAUACGACGUACACGUACACGCGCGACAAGUUUGCAAAGUUGAAGCCGACGCCGACGACGAACGCGUCAGUCAUUCUCUUCUCGGGGCUCUUGGACGUGCAGACGCCGCAUAUGCACGCGACCGCGCUCUAUGACGCGCUGGCGCUGAGCAAUGCAACUAAAAAAGCGCUCUUCACGUUUCCGUACUCGGGGCACGGCGCCUUGACGCGGUCGAUGACACCGACAGACCCGUCGUGCGCGAUGCGCUUGCUCCGCGACUUUGUGUUGCAGCGCGGCGACGUGAGCAAGAUCGAACGCAGCUGCCUGAACGACCUCGUGCCCACCACGUUUGUCCUGAACGCCAUGGACAUUUACGAAGGCAAAGCGCCGGAAGACGAAGCGACGACACGCGAAGUCAUCCCUGUCUACACUGUCGUCCGCGUCGUCGAGGUGCUCUUGGCGGGCAGCGGCCUCAUCAUCAUCGCGCUCGUCGUUGCGAUCGUCGUGCUUGCACUCAAGCUCCGCCGCGCCAGAAAAGCCCGCAACGGUGCUCUCUCGGAGGAGGCCCACCUCCUUUCCCACGGUCCGUAGCCGCCAUGAGCCCUCGCAGGUUGGUAGGAGUUCACGUCCCUGGCGACGACGUCGGGAAAUUCGCAACACGAGCAAACUUUGCUUCUUUUGAUACGAGAUGCGGCAUGAGCACGGUAUCAUAUAUACCCCAG